CUGCAAUAGACGUACGCGACCGCUGGUUACAAUAUCAUUCCGCGGCUACCAUUUCAUUAUAUACGUGUGCGCCGCGUCUCACGUCAGUCCGUUUGACGUACCGUCUUCUGCUCCUUAGCCAUCGCGGUCUCAGCGAACCGUGUGCGCGAACCGUGUGUGUGCAGCGCGCGUGUGUCGUCGGUGUGUGUGUGUGUGUGUGUUUGCGCGCAGUGUGCAGUGCGCGGGUCCCGUGAGCUUGUGCGUGUGUGCGAGAGCGCGCAGCGCGUGUAACAUUGCGGACGCCGCGGGUCAGUGUGCGCCGGUGUCAAUCAUAUUCGCAAAUCGCGCGAAUUUUUUCGUUUUUGUUUUUUUUUUAUUUAAAUCGUUUUCAUUUUUUUUGCCGAUCUCUGAUUAUUUUUGUUUUUUUUUUUUUUAUUCAUUAUCACUUUCGUUUAUAAUUUCCUUCCGACGCAUUUGACAUUACAUUAAUCUACUCUACAUACACCUAUCCUCUGAUCUACCCACCACACGAUAUCAUUCUGAUUUGAGAAAAAGUAAAACGUAUAACAGGCAUAAUAUACACGAUAAAAUAAUAUUAAAACCGUUUAAUAACCAUUACGUUAUCGUUGUCGACGAUGCGUUUGUUUCGACAUAAUAUUAUAAUAUUGCAUUUUAGUUCGAUGACGGACAUGCCUUGUGAAUAAAUCGCCACCCGCUGGAUCCGAACUAAAGAUUACAUAGGUGAUCUCAAGGGUUAUUAAACAUUCAAGACUUUCGCAUGGAGAACGGAAAAUUGAAAUUUUUAAUAUCCUGUGGAUUUGAGGACGUUAUAAUUGUAGAUUACGCAUCAUAUCAAUCAUAUUACUAGAGAGAGAAACGUCAUGCUUAACUGCACCGAUGCCGAGUGCACGUUGCACCAUCAUCAUAUUCACGUGGAUUCUAUACAGCAUCAUCUCCAAGAUGAUCGGCAACACCAUGAACAUUCUUCAGUUAUGUCCAGUGAUGCGAACAGUCUCAACGAUAUAUAUCAGGGGUUCAUUAACAGCAGCGCAAAUCCAGAAUACUCUUCCGAACAUGUUGAUGUUCCAAACGAAGGAGUAUACAUGGUGUGCGGUGUCCUCAUCGCCAUGGUGCUUGUCGCUGUGAUAAUAGUAAUACUAGCAGUUACUAUAAGCAAGCUUAGGAAGCGCGAGGAAACCGCCGUAGCUGCAGCAGCCACCGCAGCGGCCACAGCCGUUGCCACCGCCAACACUGCGAUUAACAACAAUAACAACAACAAUGUGGACUGUCAGUUACCCCAUGCCCAGCCCGUCGACGUCGCCGUUGUCACAAACGUAUCAGGUGAUGUGGUCGAUGCGCCUGUACCUUUACCGUUCCUCUGGCAGUAUUCUGCCAAAAAUGCUGCAGCCAAAAACACCAAUGGGUAUAACUCACCAUACAGGCUGUACAGCUCUGAUCAGGACACAUUGGUGUGCAGUGUACCCAUCGAAGAAACUGCAGAGCACCGUAAGGGACUACGGAAAAACUUGCGAGGCAAGUGGCGAAGACUGGUGCAUAAAAAGCAACAGCAACAGGACGCAUACAAAAUACCCGCAGAACUGCGGGACCAGCUCAAACAGAUAUAUGUGUACUGAUUCUAAAAGUUUGUUUUUCCAAGAGACAAUCCACAAAACCUAUCAAAUUUGCAAUCUAUUAUUACUAUAUUAUUUUUAUUACAUUUUUUUUUUUUUCUAUGAAAGGACAAAACAAUCUUGUAUGUUUUUAUAA